AUGAAACGAUUUACUUGCUUUAAUUUACGUUCCAUUAGCUAUACAGCGGCUGCUGUGGAUAUCAUAUUAUCCUGCUUGAUAUGGUGCCUGUGUAGUUUAUAUUUAUAUCACGAUUAUUACCGCAUGACCAGUUGGUCGUCAGGGCGAGACAAUGUAAUCAUUAAUAAAUCGUUUAACAAUUUUUUAAGCACAGUCGUGAAUUAUGUGUUGUUGCAUAAUUUCCCGGAUGCAUUUUACGUGGUCAUGUCCAUUAUCCUAUGGAUAAAAUCCUUAACUAAUUUCGUCUUAGCAGCAGUGCUCAUUGAUGGUAUAAAAAGGAAACGUACCAUUUGUAUAGCACCUUGGCUCAUAAAUACCAUAAUAUCGAUAAUCGUUGAGGUGACGGUUUAUAUAUUUAUGGAAUUGAAAUUCAAUGAAAGCGAUGCUACUCUUGACAAACGCAUAGUCCGAAGCAUCAUGUUUGGCAUCUUCAUAAUGUUCAAUUUAAUGUUCACAUUUGCAAUUUUUUGUUUAUGCAAAAUAUUAAAAAUUCAACAAGAGGAAGCGCGCGAAUUGCAAGAAAGUAUUGUAGAGACUACAGGAAUAUUUCAGCAUGUAAAGGUUUGAAUGCAUUUAUAUAUAGACUUAAAGAAAAACCUAAACAAAAUCUUGUCAUACA